AUGCUAUACAAUUCACAUGACCAUUAUAUCGUUGCUAUAUAUUUAUGUGUUGCUCAGAUAGAUACUGUAGAACUUGCGGUAUUUAAAAUUAGUUCUAGUUUAUAUGUAUCCACAUUUAAUCCAUCUCUUCUACCUUGUUUGUUAGUGUCCUUGUUUAAGAACAUCAAUAUAAAUACUCAUAUUUGUAACGUUCCUAGUUGUAUAUGUAUUAAUUCAGGUAUUACAUGGUCGAAUAAAUACAAUGGAUAG